UCAUUUUUUUUGUGUAAUAUUGGUUCAUAUCUAGUUGACAUUGAGUUUUUAUGAAUUAUGACAUUUUUCGCUUUCAUUUAUGUACAUCUAUAGCAGUUUAAACUUAGUCGAGAAGAAUUGUUAUGUAUUUGUUAUUUUCCAGAAUUAGGUUUUUUAUUUUAAAUUUUAUCAACCUAUUUUUCAUUAUGAUUGUAACUGUUUUUGCAUGUUUGUUUGUUUUUUUAAUUUUUUUUGUGUAAUGAUGGUUCAUAUCUAGUUGACAUUGAGUUUUUUUGAAUUAUGACAUUUUUCGCUUUUCAUUUAUGUACAGCUAUGGCAGUUUAAACUUAGUCGAGAAGUUCAUUCUCACUCCAAGGUCGAUACGCGCAUGUCGUAUGAUAUCAUUUCCGAAAUCAAAUCGACUCUUAAUGCCGGUGAAUUGGAAAUGUUCAGACAAUGUUGCUUCGGGUACCUCAUUGACAUUCCAGAGAUCACAAUGCAAAAUCAGAUUAUCCACUGUUUGUUACUAAGGGAGGUCGUACAAUUGAACAAAUCUGAAUUAUGGUUUGAAGUCGGCGGGUGUCGGCUGAAAUUUGGCAUUGAAGAAUUUGCGCUGGUGUCUGGUUUAAACUGCCAAGGUGACAGCAGUAAAUAUGGCUAUCCAAAAGUUGCAAAUGGCCUUUAUGACAAGUACUUCAGCGGGCUGCAAUCGGUUUCUAAACAAACCCUUCAGGAUUUGUUUUUAUCUAGGCGUUGGGAUUCGGAGGAGGACGGUUUUAAGCUCGCAUUUAUGCAUUUUUUGCACAAUUUCUUGCUUGCUUCACCAAAUACUGCUCGUAUCCCUUUGAAAGACUUUGAUGUCGUUGAUUCUGCCGAUUUUAAUGACUAUCCGUGGGGUGUUGAUGUAUUCAAGUGCACGUUUGAUUCCCUGGCCACAAAAGCUGUUCUUACUCCGGGAUGUCUUAAGGCUGAAGACAAUGCUUACCACUAUCGCCUAAAUGGUUUUCCAUAUGUAUUGCAAUGCUGGUUCUAUGAGUGCUGCCCGGCAGCCAAAAAAACUUUUGUUCAACUUGUGAACAAAACUGCUAUCCCGCGUAUUUUGAGAUGGCAAGCAUUUUUUCAUCCAAAAUACAUUCCUGUCGACAGAGAACUCUUUGUUGAAUUUGCAUCUGAUCAGGUGUUUUUUCGGUCUAUUGUUCCAACCCCUGCAGAAAAGAAUGCCCUUCCUUUAGGUGACUUUUUCAAAAAGAAUAAGGGUAAGGGUAAGGCAGUGAAUGAUUCUAAUGUUAGCCAAGUAGGUGGGAAUGAAGACGGUUAUUGUCCGGCGUUUGAUAUAUCGAAUGCUUCUGAAUCAAUAACGCAAACUUUGGAUUUACGUAAAAUGGAAAAGAAGCUUCAAGUUUUGAUGGUUGGUCAGAAGACCAUGCAGGCUGACAUAUUGGAGUUUAAACGUGUUUUCACUUGCAAAUUUUCCGAAGUUUUGACAGUUGUAAAUUCGUUAAAUGCGAUGCUUACUGAUAUUGUUGAUUCAAAAAAGGACAAAGUUGAUGAUUCCAAUGUAGACGCCUCAUCUUCUCGAGAUGGCAGUGAACAUGAGGAUGAUUCUAAAUCAUCUUCUAUUGAACCUGAAGUUUCUAUUGAAACAGAAAACACUGAUUCUGAAGAUUCUGCCAUACUUUUAAAGGUUCAGUAAAAUAUA